AGGAAAUGGAAUGCUCCCAGGUCUACGAUUCCGUAAAAGACUAUUACGGUAAACUUCUGGAUGAUCGGAAUAAUCAAACAUGUGUGACCUUGGGUUCAGAGGUCAGCAAAACAGUGAGAGAAGCUGUGGCUGCUAUACAUGAAGAAGUGACCUCUAAAUUUGAUGGAUGCGGAUUGGUGAUUCCAGAAAAGCUGAAGGAAAUGAAGAUUUUGGAUUUGGGAAGCGGAAGUGGGCGGGACACUUUUAUUCUCAGUAAGCUGAUUGGUCCAGAGGGUCACAUAACUGGAAUUGAUAUAACAGAGGAAAUGGUAGCCAUUUCCACAAAAUUUAUAAACUAUCACAGAAAAAAGUUUGGUUAUAAAGAGGCCAAUACAGACUUUGUACAAGGCUACAUUGAGAAGCUUAGAGAAGCCGGACUGAAGGAAAAUUACUACGACGUUAUCAUUUCAAACGGUGUAAUUAACCUCACUCCAGACAAAAGAGCUGUUCUUAAGGAAGCUUACACAGUUUUGAAAGAAGGCGGAGAGAUCCACUUUAGAGACGUUUAUGCAGACAGAGAGCUAGACUGUUCGGUCAGAAAAGAUAAGGAGUUGUGGAAUGAGUGUUUAUCUGGAACCUUAUAUUGGAAAGACUUGGUUAGAAUGGCGGUAGAAGUUGGCUUCAGUCGACCAUUUCUUGUAUCAGCAGCAACAUUUGUAGUGAACAAGGAAGAUUUUCAAAGAAAAUUAGGUGAUGCUCGGUUUGCAUCAGUGACUUAUCGUCUGUUUAAGCUUCCUUCGGAUACAGAUUUUGCACCAGCACAAGUCACAUACAAAGGAGGUAUCCCCGAUCACGAGGAGGAAUUCAAGUUUGAUGUUAAACACACAUUCAAGAAAGGUAAUGCCGUUACAGUAACUGGAGCGGUGGCUGUGUCCCUGAAAUAUUCCCGAUUCUCAGAUGAGUUUGUGUUCAAGCCAGUGCCGACGGAUGUCAAUGGAACAGACGGACAUAAAACAACUCCUGAUGAGGUGGAUUUAGAAAAUCCAUUCGACUACUUGGAUAAGCAGCCAGAGAAUGGUAAGAAAGCGGAGGCCUCUUGAUGUGAUGGAUCUAGCAAGUCCUUCUGAGAUCUGUUUACUGAAGAAAUGACUGAUUCUCACUAAUACAAGAAAUGAGGACCAAUAAAGAUUCGAAAUCACAAAAUUUUGCCAUUGAAGCGUGGAUGUGUUUCUGUAAUUGGUUACAUAUAUUAUUAUGUGAUAUACAGCCAUUAUGUUGCUUAUAGUAAUUAUUCAAACGAUAAAAUGCUUUCUUGGUUGCUAUAUGAGAAUAACAGGUAUUGUUGCAGCUGUUACAGAAAAAAUACAUAUAACACGCGUAAGCG